AUGUCUCACCGUAAAUUCUCAGCCCCUCGCCACGGGCAUUUGGGCUUUCUGCCUCACAAGCGAAGCAAAAGACACAGGGGAAGAGUGCGUUCUUGGCCCAAAGAUGAUCCAACCCAGCCUGUUCACCUCACAGCUUUUCUGGGUUAUAAAGCUGGCAUGACCCACACACUAAGGGAAAUGCACCGCACUGGCCUCAAACAAUCAAAGCGUGAGGAGGUUGAAGCAGUGACCAUCAUUGAUACUCCACCAGUCAUUGUGGUGGGUGUGGUAGGAUAUGUCAGCACUGUCCGUGGCCUGCGUGCACUGAAGACCGUCUUUGCUGAACAUAUAAGCGAUGAGUGCAAGCGAAGAUUCUACAGAAACUGGUACAAGAGCAAGAAGAAGGCUUUCACCAAAUACAGUAAAAAGUGGCAGGAUGAGACAGGGAAGAAACAACUGGACAAAGAUUUCGCAGCAAUGAAGAAAUACUGCUCCGCGAUCAGAGUUUUAGUGCACUCCCAGAUGCGCUUGAUACCCAUUAAGCAGAAAAAAGCUCACAUUAUGGAGGUGCAGCUUAACGGAGGCACCAUAUCUGAUAAAGUAGACUGGGCCAAGGAGCGUCUUGAGCAGGCCGUCCCAGUUUCGGCUGUCUUUUACCAGGACGAAAUGAUCGACGUCAUUGGUGUCACCAAAGGCCAUGGCUUUAAAGGUGUUACAAGCCGAUGGCAUACAAAAAAGCUUCCUCGGAAAACUCACAAGGGUUUGAGGAAAGUGGCCUGCAUCGGAGCUUGGCAUCCGUCUCGGGUCGGAUACACUAUUGCUCGUGCCGGUCAGAAAGGAUACAAUCACCGCACAGAACUCAACAAGAAAAUUUAUCGCAUUGGCAAAGGAGUUCACAUGCAAGAUGGAAAAGUCAUAAAGAAUAAUGCUUCCACUAACUAUGACACCAGCCAGAAAGCCAUCACUCCCAUGGGAGGCUUCCCACACUACGGUGAGGUGAACAAUGAUUUUGUCAUGCUGAAAGGAUGUGUCGUUGGAUUCAAGAAGCGUGUUCUCACAUUGAGAAAGUCUUUACUUGUGCACACAUCUCGCAAAUCCAAAGAAGAGAUUGAGCUUAAGUUUAUUGACACCACUUCCAAGUUUGGUACUGGACGUUUCCAGACUGCACUGGAGAAGAGAUCUUUCAUGGGGCCUUUGAAGAAAGAUGUGGUGAGCACUGUCACAGCGCCUCAGGCAGAAGAGUCUUAA